AUAGAACCUUGGACCGCCUCUGAAUUUGGAGUCUAACUAGUUAACAACAUUCUUCCCUAUACUUCAGCUUCCCCUCGGAUGCACCAAGGGGAAACUGAAGUAAACGCCCACUUUUGGGAAGCGGAAGAUGGGGAUCUUGGGUUUCUUGCUGUAAACUGUAAGCAACCGUCUGAACUCCAUUUAUUUCGAUGGUACAUCUGCAGUAAUUAUGAUAACUGUAAACUCCCGAAGAAUGCGAAGACAAAGUCAGUGUCGCAGGCAUGCGACGCCGGAUGGAUGGCUUGUCUAAACGUCGAGCCGACAUGUGUUGACUAUGGCAAACUGGUAAAAGGUAUCCCGCCCAUCGCGGUGCUAACCAGCCGGCGUCUCUGCUGCCAUGGAGGUGGGCAGCCUCCCCGUGGAGCUGUGGAGGGUUAUCUUAGCCUAUCUCCCUCUCCCUGACCUGGGCCGCUGCUGCCAGGUGUGCCGUGCCUGGCGGGAGCUCAUCCUCUCUCUGGAUAACACCCGCUGGAGACAGCUCUGCCUGGGCUGCCCUGAGUGCCGACAUCCCAACUGGCCUAGUCAACCUCAUCUGGAGCCCCCUUCGUGGAGAGAGGCCCUGAAACAGCAUGCCCUUGCCACCCGCACCUGGACUCAAAAUGGUCCAGAGCUCCAGUCCUCCGCUUGCCUCCUCUUCUUCCGCCGUCGGAAAGAUCGCAGGGUUUGGCAUGUGGGGCCGGGAUGUGAGUUUGAGACCCUGCGCGGAGCCCUUGGGGUGGUGGGGCCUUACGACCGAGUGGUGCUCCAUCCAGGGGUGUAUGAGGAGCAGGCUGAGGUAGCGCUGAAAGUACCGGUGGAGCUGGUUGGGUUAGGCCGACUGGGCGAGGUGGCCCUCUUAGUGUGUAUGGAGCAGCAGUGCCCUACUGCCAGGCUGUGUAAUCUGGUGUUCAUGCCACCCUGGUUCUCCACGGUUGUCUACAAGACAUCCUGGGGACAUGUCCAACUAGAUAACUGCAACUUUGAGGGAGCUCAGCUGCAAGUCCGCGGGCCAGGAACCUGCCAGGCUCGGUUUUGCUCCUUCUCCCAGGGCAGCUCUGCACACUUGCUGGGAGUUGUCCUGAGUUUAUUUGACAGCUGUGACUUCUCAGGAAGUGACACAGCUUCAGUGACUGUGGAAGGUCCCCCGGUCUCAGAAAGGAACUGGGCUUGUAAACAUUUGGCAGCUCUGGCUAGGACGUUCCCAUCAUGUGGCCUAUCUGAGCAUAAUAGUUCUCCCAAAGGACAUCCGGCUGCCUCCACUGGUGGACACCAACCUCCAGGUGCUAAUGUUAAAAAGGAGAGCAUAACCAUAGAUGACUGGAAGAGGAGAACAGGGGUAGAUGGGGUAUGUCAGAGGACAGUGAUUGAAGAUGGCUGGAGUGAUGGUGAGCGCAGUGAAGGAGAGGAGAACAGAGACGAGGGGGGGGCCAACAACACCAAAAAGCAUUUUACACUGGAGUACAAAAUCCCAUGUGACCAUCAUGGCCUAUCGCAUUUGCUCAACCCCCAGCCAGAUGGCUCUCUUCCGCUUUCCUCUUCCCCCGAUCCCCCAUCCAUGAUCCCUGACCCUCUCACCCUACAGCAGGAGUUAGACAGGGACCCAGAGGCUCACAUGUUGGCAGCAUCGACACUUGGCUGCAUCCUCAGACGAUGCCUCUUCAGGGACGGGAAGGGCGGUGUACAUUUGUCCAAUUAUGGACAAGCUCGACUGGAGGAGAAUGUUUUUCGUGGGCUGAACUACGCCGUGCGCUGCAUCCAAAACUCCACAAUCGUAAUGCUGAGAAACGAGGUCUGUGAAUGUCGUGCAUCAGGCGUGUUUCUGCGCCUCUCUGCUCAGGGCCUCAUAGCAGAAAACAACAUCCACUCGAACGGGGAGGCAGGGCUGGAUAUCCGAAAGGGGGCUAACCCAACCAUUGUGUGCAACAAAAUACACAGUGGUUUGCGCUCUGGGGUUGUUGUCCUUGGCAAUGGAAAAGGUUCAAUUCGAAGCAAUCAGAUUUACAACAACAAAGAAGCUGGGGUAUAUAUUCUCUUCAGUGGAAAUCCCGUGGUAAGUGGGAAUCACAUCUUCCAGGGCCAGGCUGCAGGGAUUGCUAUAAAUGAGAACGGCAGAGGAAUGAUAACAGAGAAUGUGAUUCGAGAGAACCAAUGGGGCGGUGUGGAUAUCCGCAGAGGAGGCGACCCUAUCUUACGGAACAACUACAUUUGUUACGGCUACUCAGAUGGUGUUGUGGUGGGAGAGAGAGGACGUGGACUUAUUGAGGGAAACCAGGUUUUUUGUAACAAAGGCUGCGGUGUGUGGGUUAUGUCGUCCAGCCUCCCACAGCUCCUAAGCAAUUACAUAAUCCAUAACUGUAUGUAUGGGCUGGCAGUGUUCUGCAGGAAGGACCCAGAGAACAUUGAGGUCAGGGACGGAAACUGGCCUGGGCAGGAAGGAAUCGCUGGAGAAGGAGGCGGAGCAGACAGGAGGGGAGUAGAAGGAGAGGGACGUGAAGGGCAGGAGAACUUUAAUGAAGAAGGUGAACUGUUUGCCUGGGACAGUGACCUGGACAGCGAAGAUGAGCGCCACUCUGCUCGCCGCUCUAUUAGUGUGGCCCUGGUGGAGAGCAACUGCAUGAGCUACAAUGGAGUUGGUCUGUAUGUGAAGAGCACCGAGGCCCUGAAUGUUUUUGCUAACCUGAUAAACUGUAACCGUGGCCUUGGCAUUGCCGUGCUGCAAAGCAGUCAGCUGACCCGACUUGCUACAAACUGCAUUCUGGAAAAUGGUCGAGGUGGUGUUGCGGUGGAGAAAGACUGCAGAGUGGAGCUUCGUGGUAAUGGCAUCUACGAAAACAGUGGCUAUGGUGUCAGUUUCAGUGGUAAUGGGCAGAUUGUGGAAAAUGAUGUUGUUGGGAACCGUGGAUGUGGAAUCCAGGUCUGUGGAAGUGCCGAUAUCAAGGUAAUGCGCAAUCGUGUCCAACCCUCACAAGGCUGUGGGAUCGCCGUGCUAGGGCCAGUUAAAGGUGUUGUCCAUGACAACAUCUUGUUCCAGGGUCACCGUGACAACAGAAAAGCGUUGCUACAUAUGGAUCCUGGCAAUGAGAGCUGUGUGCUGCGGAACAAUAGCAUUCUAAGGCAUGAUGACAGCUGUACAUCUGUUCCCCCCUGGGUUAUGGAAAACCCUCCUCCUCGCCCACUGGCCAGCUCCCCUGCAGGUCUCUCUUCAUCCCAGUAUCCCUCUGGACUUGGAAUUUCCGUGACCACCAGGAUCGGCGCAACUGUGGAAAGUGGUUGCCACAGCGGCAGCAUGUUUUGCAGCAUUCUGUGAAUACUGGCAAGAACUUACAAACCAAUAUGAUAGCCAGGGUCAGGAGGUCAGCAUCUGGUUGCUCCUUAACUACUGUAAACCAUACACGUGGGGCACUGACUGUCAAAAUAAGGGUUCGGUUAAUUGUCCAAGUAGCUGGAGACCGCAACUGAAACAUUAAAGGAGCCAUCCACCCUCAUUUUUAUUAAGAUGGAAGAAGAUUUUGAAAAUCUGAAAUUAGACUUUUGUACUUCUACGAUUAAAAUGCUACUGUGCUCAUAAAACGUGGGCUAUUGAAAACCGAAGCUGGAGUACAAGACAUUCAUACAUCUUUGGAAUCUGUUUGAGACUAGAGCUUUGCCUAGUUUAUCAUUAGCUCAUUUACUGCAGACUUGUUUGGUAGUCUUAUUUUUGCUUAUAGGGACUCGCUGGUUAGGAAGUGCACAUUUCUAAAUCCUAGCAGGAGUCAAAGGCUUCAGAAAUGCUGGCUUUGACAGUGGGUCAAAGUAAAGCUGUGCCUUGGUUGACUAUUUAAGGGAUGGCUGUAGCGAGGGAAGGUGUGUUCAUAGCGUGAGGGCGUUUAUGCAACUAAGCCAAAACUAAGAUUCUGUCUCUGUCCUGUCUGUUGGCGGGUCUCUUCUUGCGUAAUGUCCUUUGUGGUUUUUAAAACUUAAUGCACUUCGCUUUUUGAGACAUCUCAUUAUUUCAGAUCCUGUCAACAUGCUGCAGAGAAAACUAAACAGAUAUCUGCAUAUGAUUAUGCAAAAAAAAAAACUGUUGGUAGUCUAAGCUUUAUAGUUCCAUUUGUAGUCCACCUGCACUUAAGUUCGACCAACCAAUCACAUUUGAUGGUUUGCAUUUGCCGAAAUAUAAUCUCACAACCAUCCACUAUUGUCUGAUGACAGUUUAGCUUUUUUAACAGCUUAUUUAAUUUGUCUGCAUUUGUAAAAAAAACAAACAAACAAAAAAAAGCCAAAAAAAAAAGACCAGCAGACAGAAGAGGAAGUCCGUUAUCAAGAUAUCCUGUCCACACACUCAGAGAAGGGGAAGAUAUGUAGUGUGCAAUAUGUGAUGUCUACAAACGUGCCUAUACGUUCCUGCUAGAUGUUCUGUCAUCUAGAAUUUGUUUACAGCUCUUUAGUCUUUUUUUUUUUCUUUUUCUAUCUUUAAAUGUAAGCGUGUCACGUUCGACUUGAAGUUCACUUUAUUUGUCUACAAAAGCAUUAAUAAACAAGCCUUGUUUAAUGCA